ACAGACCGCAGGGCCUGGACACAUACCCACGCCUGGGAGACUGGCUGCGCACCGUCAACCUAAGAGCCGAGCUCAUAGAGGUGGUGCCUGUGAAGUUGUCUUUGGAUGCCUUGCUGCAGAUGCCUGGCACUCAGGUACGAGAGACCAUGAGGAGUCUGGGUGCCACUGCGGAGGAGUGUGCCAGGCUCUGCGCUGCCCUCUCUUGCUUGAAGAGCGCCACUGAAUCAGGAAAGUGUGGUGAGGAUGGAGGCUGCUGGUUUUCUGAGCCUUGUAGACGGGACAGCGGUGGUCUCAUUUCAGCAGACCAGAUCCCCUUACUGGGCACUCUGGGACGCCCCCAUAGCCCCUCCCCCCUUGCCCGGCCUCCAACGACACCUACCACGCCUUCUGUACCUACUACCCCCCUCACGCCGUGCCCUCACCCACGCUACUCUUCCUUUAUCCCAGAGCCUCACAUUUAUCACGGCUAUGCCGAGAGCCUAACAGACCCGAGUCCCUACUACUCAUCCCGACCGGUCCGGCUACACGGCCACACCUCCACCCCGCCCAUUACCCCGCCUUCCAAGAGAAGGCACAGAUUGAAGCCACCGUGCACGCCACCGCCACCCUCGCGCAAAGUACUCCAUGUAUUGCCCAACAUCACACUUACACGUAGCAAGAGCCAUGAGAGUCAACUGGGCAACCGCAUCGAGGACACGCCUACUAGCAAGUGUGGGAAGAAAAAUAAGCUAUUCCUGAAUGUCCAGAUUAAUGGCAACAGCUGUGAAGAUUCACCAUCCCGCUCUCCCCUGCUGCCCUCUAGGACACCUGGUGUUGUGCCUGCCACCGCCCCCUACACCCUACCAGGGACGCCAACCCUGCUGGAAGAGCACGGUGGUCUGAGAAAUAACAUCACAGUCCACCGCAGCUCUCCACAAGCUGUAAGAAGAGACAUCGGCCUGUCUGUCACUCACAGGUUCUCCACUAAGUCAUGGCUCUCCCAGACGUGUCAGGUGUGCCAGAAGAACAUGAUCUUUGGAGUAAAGUGCAAAUCUUGCAGGUUAAAAUGUCACAAUAAAUGUACGAAAGAGGCUCCUUCCUGUCGAAUAUCAUUCCUCCCGAUCACUAAGAUCCGGAGGACUGAGUCCGUACCUUCAGACAUCAACAACCCUGUGGAUCGGCCGGCCGAAGCACCACAGUUUGGCACUUUACCAAAGGCAAUAACCAAGAAGGAUCAUCCACCUGUACUGAAUCAGCUAGACUCCAGCAGUAACCCGUCCUCCACCACGUCCUCUACGCCGUCAUCUCCAGCACCGUUUCAGCAAAGCAACCCACCUAGCGCUACCCCACCGCCAAACCCCUCACCCAAAAACCACCGCGACAACCGCUUUCACUUUCCCGCUGCCCACUACUUUCAGCAUAGACAGCAGUUUAUCUUCCCCGAUGUGUCCAGCUGCAACACUCUGCACCCAGAAGGCCUACCAGACACAGUAAAUGAGACGGACCCAUCAGAGGAGGAGGAGCAUGCUGAACUGGCAGAGCAUGAAGACGAGGUAGGAGCUGAGGAAGAAGAAGAUGAGGAUGCUGAAGUGGAGGAACAAGAUGAACCAGAUGAAGAUGAUGAGGACAGGCAGGAUGAGGAUAACGAGGAGGAUGAAGAGAGCUUCGAGGAGCAGAAUGAAGCCUCAGAGGGUGAGGGGGACAUGGACGAGCUGGAUGACCUGCCCAGUUCGCGAGGCAGUGGACCCUGGAAAGGUCCCGUUUCACGCAAGGCCAGUCAGACCAGCGUCUACCUGCAGGAGUGGGACAUUCCGUUUGAGCAGCUCGACCUGGGUGAGCUGAUCGGUAAGGGACGUUGGGGACGGGUGCACCGAGGCCGCUGGCACGGCGAGGUGGCUAUCCGCCUGCUUGAGAUAGAUGGGAACAACCAGGACCACCUCAAGCUUUUCAAGAAGGAAGUCAUGAACUAUAGGCAGACGCGCCAUGAAAAUGUGGUGCUGUUCAUGGGUGCUUGCAUGGCACCACCACAUCUGGCCAUCAUCACCAGCUUCUGUAAGGGCCGGACGCUGUACUCUGUUGUAAGAGAUCCAAAGAACAUACUUGACAUUAAUAAGACGAGGCAAAUUGCCCAGGAGAUUGUGAAGGGAAUGGGCUACCUGCAUGCAAAGGGCAUUGUUCACAAAGAUCUAAAAUCAAAGAACGUCUUUUACGACACUAACAAGGUGGUGAUCGCAGAUUUUGGCCUUUUCGGGAUCUCUGGAGUGGUUCAAGAAGGAAGGCGGGAGAAUGAGCUAAAGCUUCCUCAUGGCUGGAUUUGCUACCUGGCACCUGAGAUUGUGUGCAAGAUGAGUCCUGGCAAUAACGAGGAUCGCCUUCCCUUUUCCAACGCAGCCGAUGUCUAUGCUUUUGGGACUAUUUGGUACGAGCUACAAGCCAGAGACUGGCCGAUCACCAACCAACCGGCGGAGGCUACGAUCUGGCAAGUGGGUAGUGGAGAAGGCAUCAAAAAAUUGCUGGCAGAGAUCAGCCUGGGCAAAGAGGUCACGGAGAUCCUCUCAGCAUGCUGGGCGUAUGACCUGCACGAACGGCCCACGUUCACACUGCUGGCUGAUAUGCUGGAGAAACUUCCCAAGCUCAACCGCAGGCUCUCGCACCCUGGACACUUCUGGAAAUCUGCAGAGUUGUAGGUGAAA